GGAUGGAGAACAACAGAUGAGUGCAGGUCUGGGGCUAGCGCUAUACUGAAUGGUGACGAGGAUUUUGUUCAGUAUUUGUGAAACCACACAAUAUUAUUCAGCACAGCUACACUUAAAGGAAAGUCAUGUGUUGCGAUGGGGCAGGUGACAUGCAAGCUUCCUCUAGCCAGCUGUUUGUUGACUCGGAAUUCCCAGCUAAUCUGUCUUCUCUAGUUUGCGGAGGAAGAACUCCAUUGUCUUCUCUGAGUGACCGCAUUACAUGGAAAAGACCACAAGAAAUUUGCACCUCCCCUCGUUUAUUUCCAGAAAAUGGGAGAGAUGGUUUAGGAAAGCAGGGGAUUCUAGGAGACUGCUGGUUCGUAUGUGCUUGCUCCGCACUGCAAAGGCAUGACCCACUUCUCAGCAAGGUGUUUCCACCAGGCCAGUGCACUUGGACAGAUUGCGGAUACCAGGGCCGUUUCACUUGCCGAUUCUGGCACUUUGGCCGCUGGGUGGAUGUGACCAUUGAUGAUUGCCUGCCAUGCCUGGGAAAUAAGCUCUGUUUCUCUACCUGCCAAGAUAAAAAUGCCUUCUGGUUGCCAUUAUUGGAGAAAGCAUAUGCCAAGUUACAUGGCUGCUAUGAGGCUUUAUGGGCUGGGCAGGUGUCUGAUGCUCUGGUGGAUCUAACUGGGGGACUUGUCCAGCGGUGGCCCCUGGGAGAAGAGCAGGAUAAAGAAGAAAUAUUUAAUAAAAUGUUGGAACUUAAGGAUCUAAGCGCAAUGAGUUGCUCAGUACUUCACUGCAGAGAAGGAGCUAGGGACUUGGGAGAAUUUCAUGCAUUCACAAUUACAGAGAUCAAACGUGUUUCUUCAAAGGAUAAUCUAGAACUGGUGCUGCUUCGUGUGCAUAAUCCCUGGGGACGGACCUGCUGGGAGGGUUCCUGGGGAAAAGGAGGUAACGGAUGGACUAGACUUAAUCCUGCAGACAGCUCUCAACUGCAGAAUAUAAUACAGGAGGGAGAAUUCUGGGUGGAAAAGACAGAAUUUUUGAGGGAGUUUGAUGAGGUAACCGCCGCAUUUCCAAUUGGUGAAAAUGGACACAUACAGAGCAUCUGGACAGGGCAGUCAUUGCUCCACACACAGCAAAUCCAUGGCUCCUGGAUCAAAGGUUGGAAUGCUGGUGGCUCCAGAAACAAUGAAAGUUUUCCUAAUAAUCCGAAGUUCUGGCUGCGGGUGAGAACGCAGUGUGAGGUUUGUCUUUUACUGAUGCAGAGGCCUCGGAACGGUGAAAGAACCACUAAUCAUUUGCACGGCAUCCAGAUGAAAGAUGGAACCCAAACCAGAUCUGUAUCUUGCGCUGUUGGCCUCCAUGUCUGGAAGGUGGAGAAGAGACGUUUUAACCUGCAAAAGACUCUUUUGUCAGCUCCAGUGGUGGGAACUUCAUCUCAUUCUUAUGACCGGCAGCUCUACCUGCAUUGCGAACUGUCACCUGGGUAUCAUCUGGUGGUUUCCAGCACCUUCAUCAGGGAUACAGAAGGGGACUUUCUACUGCGUAUUCUGUCCACAGGCAACAUUACACUUAAUGAAGUAGCAACCCCACGUCCUUUGGUGACCGACCAUGUGGAUGUAUCCAUGGGAACUUGGGAUACUCAAGUACUGCAAGGAUCCUGGGAAAAAAGCCACAGUGCAGGAGGCAGCAGAAAUUUCCCCUCUUUUCAUAUUAACCCUUCAUUUCCCUUCUGUGUACCCCCUGGUGCCUCCAUAGUAAGGGUAACACUGCGCCAGCAAUGUGAGAGAGAUCAGUGUCAUGCAAUUGGAUUUCACAUAUACACAGUACCUCACAAUAGCAGCCAGUCUGUAUUUUGUUUGGAACCAACCAUGAGCUGCAUACCUCACACCCACUCUCAGGAAGUGUCUCAACUAUGUGCCCUAACUCCUGGGCAAUAUGUGCUUGUACCUUCUACCUAUCUGCCCGAUCAGGAGUCUGAAUUUACUGUAACCAUCUCUGUCAAGACUGAGAGGAAACAAAUUCAAAGCCGGGAGACACUGGGAAGGAUCCUGCAGGAGGUCUCUGUUAAAACGGUGAUGAAAUAACAUUCUUGAUAUUUGAACUCGUACUUCUCUCUUAACCGCCCUCUGGUGAUGUGGCUGCUGUGAGUGUAUGGUGCUACUGGACACCUAUAGAACUGGUCUCUUGUAGGAAAUCUUGUGUGGUUUUACAGCUUUGUACCAAUAAAUUUGGUGUAUUUUUCUAA